AUGCAAAAUCAGAAUAAUUUUAUGGGGCGCCCAAGUCCUGUUCCUCAUCCCACAGCUAGAGCCCAAUUGAGAAACAAUCUGCUACAUAGUGAUAUCGGUGAUAUUGAUGUUACUCAGGAAAACCCCAUCAAUUUCAACGAAUCGUCAUCUUCUCAAGAAGAAUUACAAAUGAAUGAUUAUAAUCAACAGCAACAGUGCCAUCAACAGCAGCAAUACCAUCAGCAACAACAGUAUCAUCAGCAACAACAAUAUUAUCAGCAAACGCAAGGAUAUAAUCCACAACAACAACAGCAGCAGCAGCAGAAUUAUACCUCUCCACAACAACAACAACAACAACAACAACAACAACAACAACAACAGAACCAGCACCAGCAAAAUCAGCAAAAUCAGCAAAAUCAGCAAAAUCAGCAGUACUAUACCUCGCCUCAGCAACAGUACCCGCAACAGCAGCAGAACCAACAAUACCCGCAACAAGGGUUUGUUUCUCCUCAACAACAAAUGAGUCCAUCUCCUCAACAACAGAAACCUUAUCAAAGAAUGCAAAACUAUCGUAAUAAUCAAAAUGCACAUAACAAUACAAAACAGCAACAACAGCAACAACAUCAAGAGAAGAAAGCAUACUCCUUAAAUCAAAAAUCUAUCUCGAAUUUUUUUAAAGGAAAGAGCCAUCAAAUAGGUUUCAAUAUGGGGAAACGUGCUCAAAGAGGCAACGCUGGUCAUCGUUCGAAUGGAAUUGGAGGCGGUGGUGAUGACGAUGAUGAUGGAGGUGAUACUUUGUUAGAUGAACCUGAAAGUUCCCUAAUGACCUUCGGUGAUAUAACAACAAUCACUUACAAGAAAGGUGACAAGCUUGGUAUGGGUGACACUACAGCCCCAAUUAUUCCUACUUUGGUUACAAAAGAAGGUAAAAAUAUGAACAAUACUGAAUACCGAAAAUAUAUGACAAAUCAAAAGAAAACAGCUUAUACAGCCAUGGCUAAACAGAAUCAAAUGAUGCAGAGUCCCAAUAAUAAUACACAAGGUAUGAACUCAAACCCAAGAGCCAUGUCAUUACAAACUAAUCAGAAUCCAUACCUUCAGCAGCAACAGCUGCAACAGCUGCAACAACAGAGACCAAACCUCCCAUAUCAAAAUAUGAAUUAUAAUACUAAUGGUAGUACAACUAAUAUUAGAGCUAAUUCAUUAGUUACAGGUCCACCGUCGGGUUUCAAUCAAAUGCAGGCUCAGCAGGGAACCCAACAAUUCACUAUGAAUCAUGGUCCAAAUGGACAAUUUCAAAGGCAACAACCAUUACCAACACAACAAUCAGGAGAGUUUUCUCAACAAAACAAUGAGCCACCUCGGACGAUGUCCUUAGCCAAUAGCUCUAAUCAAAACUUGCAAAGAUUGAAAGCUCAAAAAUUCAAUAAUAAUUCAAAUGAAACUCAAUUUAGAGGACCAACACAAGAACAUCUGAACCAAAACCACUCGCAGAAUCAACAGGGCCCACAAGAUCAAUAUCGUACAAUGUCCUUGCAGGCAAACCCUAUAUCAAGGGCGCAGCCUCCAAAUGGAGCAAAUGGAUUCAACUUUCAUAAUCCAUCUUCCUUAGCUACUCCGACAUCAGUAGGAUCUGAGAUAAAUUAUGUUGGAAAUGGUACGUCAGUGGCAACAACGCAUAGUCAAGAGCAAGUAAAGGCACCUCUUCCUAACCUAAAUAAACAAGAGGAGAGCAUAUUAUUUGAUAAUCAGCCAAAAGCAAAAUUAAAUGUCUUAAAACUUUCAGAUCCUCAGAAAAAAGAAUUGUAUGAGAAAAAUAUGUCUGUCGAUACUUCUGAGCAAGUUGUAUCAGAUAAGGAAAAUAUGGUUCUAUCAAAUCGAAUUGUAAAUAGACCUCAAUCAGACGAUCUAGGAUUAAGACCGACAUCUCUGCUGGAGUCUGGUUUAAAAUCAUUAGAUCUCAAUGGAAACAAUACAACCGGUGAAAAUAGAGAAUCAACACAGACAUACUCGUCUACUUUUAGUGGCUCGCCCAAUAAAAGGAUACCUGCAGCACCUGUUCAAACAGGAUUAUACGAACUUGAAAAUGGAUCAGAUGCUCAUGAAUUUGUGACAGCUCAGGAUUUAAGGAACCCUGAGACCUCUGCUGAGAAUGCAAAACUUGAUGAAUCAUCUUUAUCUUUACAAAAAAAUGUUUCUGCUGGUACUGUUACAGAUACAGUCAAUAGUACUUUAAGGGUUAUGCCAUCGAACGACUCGUCACCGAAUAACAAGAGAGUUUCCAGUAUGUCAACAUCAACAGGUGUCAAGCUAAAUCUAGAUAAUGAAGCAGAUGAUGUCGACGACACGUUUGACUACAGACAGCAAAGUAAUCACGGUAUCACGUCGUCAGUCACAGCUGAAAAGGAGAAGGAACCGAAAGAAUUAUCUGAAAAAAAGAACACGUCUACUACAAAUAUUGAUGAUUUCUUGUUUGAUAACACAUUGAAUGAAAGUUAUGUGGAUUCCACAGAUAGAAAAAUUGAGUCUAUACAUAUCACAGGUGAGCAAUUGUCCCUUCUAACCCAAAAUAAAUCAUUGAUGAGAGAAAUGACACUAUUAUCAUCUGAAUUAGGAGAGUCGAUAAAGAGGGAAACCAUGUUAAGCGAAAAACUCAACCAAAUAAAAACAUCUAAUCCGUUUAGUGGAUCGAGAGAAGAUACAUCGAUAUCUUUAUCCGAUUUUGAAAGUGAGUUAAGAAAGAAAUCCUCCAAGAUUUUAGAAUUAAUACAGUCUUUAAAUGAUGAGAGGUUGAAGAGAUUCAUCGCAGAAGAACAGAUUUUGCUGAGCGAAGUGAAUGCAAGACCGACCACAAUUGAACUUAUUAAUGAAAUAACUGAGUUAAAGAAUAAGUUACAGGAGAAAGAUAACGAGAUUGAGACUUUGAAACAAGAGGUAGAAGCUUAA